AUGUCGCACUUUGAUGUAGAUGAGUAUAGCCUCCAUACAAGCCCUGUUGGGAAUGAUUUGGGCAAUGAAGAAGAUCCUGUUCAAGAUCAUAGACCGCGAUUAUUGAUUAUGGGCCUAAGGAGAAGCGGCAAAUCCAGUAUCCAAAAAGUCGUAUUUCAUAAGAUGCCUCCUAAUGAAACUUUAUUCCUUGAAAGUACUAACAAAGUUAUUAAAGAAAAUAUAACGUCGUUUAUUGAUUUUCAAGUUUGGGACUUUCCUGGACAAAUUGAUUAUUUUGAUCCAGCUUUUGAUUCAAAUGUUAUUUUUGGAGAAUAUGGAGCAUUAAUUUUUGUAAUUGAUGCGCAAGAUGAUUACAUUGAAGCCCUUAGUAGAUUACAUCAAACCGUCACACGUGCUUUUCAAGUCAAUCCCGAUCUCACAUUUGAGGUGUUUAUACAUAAAGUUGAUGCCUUAUCAGAUGAAUACAAAAUUGACACGCAACGAGACAUUCAGCAGCGAACUACAGAUGAUUUGGUGGACGUUGGAUUAGAAAACGUUCCAUUGAGUUUCUAUUUAACAAGUAUUUACGAUCAUUCAAUCUUUGAAGCUUUCAGUAAAGUGAUUCAAAAACUUGUGCCUCAACUACCAACUUUGGAAAACUUAUUGAAUAUUUUAUGCUCGAAUUCUGGAAUAGAAAAGGCAUUUUUAUUUGAUGUCAAUUCGAAAAUUUACAUUGCUACCGAUAGUUCUCCCGUUGAUAUGCAGACCUAUGAAAUUUGUAGUGAUAUGAUUGACGUUAUUAUUGACAUUUCGGAGAUAUAUGGUCGAACCAAUUCAUUUCAUUAUAUCGAUGAAAUCUAUGGAGAUGAUCAAACCCAAGUUGAAACAAAUGGAAAUGCAGGAAAUUAUGGUACAACCACCGAUACUGCUAAUGAUGCAUCAUCAUUAAUCAAACUAACUAAUGGAAUGGUAUUAUGUCUCAGGGGAGUAAACAGGUUUCUUGCGUUAGUUUGUCUCCUUCGAUCUGAUAAUUUCGAAAAACAUGGUUUAAUAAAUUAUAAUUUUGGAUGCUUUAAACAAGCAAUAGCCGAAGUUUUCGAAUUAAAACGUCAUAGUGCUGCUGAAAGGUUAAGACGUGAAAGGAUGAGACUCUCGGAAAGUGUCGAAGAUAAUGUUGGGGGAUGA